AUGGAGCCUCCACGCUGCGCAAAACGCUGCGGCUUCUUUGGCUCUGUGACAAACAUGAACAUGUGCUCAAAGUGCUACAGAGAGUGUCUAAAAGAAGAGCAGUUUGCUAAGCCUGCAGCCAUAGUAGGUUUAGCUUCAAUGGACAAACCCCUCAUUGUCUCAAACUCCACUGCUACCGCAGCUGUUAUUUCUUCUUUGCCUUCACAAUCAUCACAAGGUUCUUCGGAUUCGUCGGAGAAAAAGAGGUGCUUGAGCUGCAAGAAAAGGGUUGGACCGAAGGGGUUUGAGUGCCGCUGCGGCGGUGUGUUUUGUGGGAAGCAUAGGUACCCUGAAGAACACUCAUGCUGUGUGGAUUACAAGAAGACUGGACAAGAUCUUUUGACCAAGCAAAACCCUCUUUGCAAUGGUGAUAAGUUGGCUUGGAGGGUUUAG